CUGGCACUGCUGCAGACCUAGAAAAAAGAAAGCUUAUUUUUGGAAAAAAUUUUAUACCUCCAAAGAAGCCAAAAACAUUCAUACAGCUAGUUUGGGAAGCAUUGCAGGAUGUGACUCUUAUAAUCUUGGAAAUUGCAGCCAUCAUAUCUUUGGGGCUUUCGUUUUAUCAGCCACCUGGAGAAGGGAAUGAAGGGUGUGGGACUGCGACAGGGGGAGCUGAGGAUGAGGGGGAGGCCGAAGCUGGCUGGAUUGAAGGUGCUGCCAUCCUCCUGUCUGUCAUCUGCGUCGUGCUGGUCACUGCCUUCAACGACUGGAGCAAGGAGAAGCAGUUCCGCGGGCUGCAGAGCCGCAUCGAGCAGGAGCAGAAGUUCACCGUGGUGCGAGGGGGACAGGUCAUCCAGAUCCCCGUGGCCGAGAUCGUGGUGGGGGACAUUGCACAGGUCAAAUAUGGUGACCUUCUACCUGCUGAUGGGAUAUUUAUUCAAGGAAAUGAUCUCAAAAUCGAUGAGAGCUCUUUGACUGGAGAGUCCGACCAGGUCCGCAAGUCGGUGGACAAGGACCCGAUGCUGCUGUCAGGCACCCAUGUCAUGGAAGGCUCUGGGCGGAUGCUGGUGACUGCUGUGGGGGUGAAUUCUCAGACUGGCAUCAUCUUCACUCUGCUGGGAGCUGGGGGAGAAGAGGAGGAGAAGAAAGACAAGAAAGAUUCUUCCCAUCCCUCCUCCCACCCUCCUCCAGCCACAGAUGGUGCAGCAGGUGCAAAUGCCACUGAUAAUGCAAAUGCCAGCUUAGUCAAUGGCAAGAUGCAGGAUGGGAAUAUGGAGAACAACCAGAACAAAGCCAAGCAGCAGGACGGGGCUGCUGCCAUGGAGAUGCAGCCCCUGAAGAGCGCAGAAGGGGGAGAGGGAGACGACAAGGACAAGAAGAAAUCCAACAUGCACAAGAAAGAAAAAUCCGUCCUUCAGGGAAAGCUGACCAAGCUGGCAGUGCAGAUUGGCAAAGCAGGUCUGGUGAUGUCUGCCAUCACUGUCAUCAUCUUGGUACUGUAUUUUGCCAUUGACACCUUUGUGGUCAACAAGAAGCAGUGGUUGCCUGAGUGCACUCCUGUCUACGUUCAGUAUUUUGUUAAAUUCUUCAUUAUUGGUGUUACUGUGCUCGUGGUUGCUGUUCCUGAGGGACUCCCACUUGCUGUCACUAUUUCUCUGGCUUAUUCUGUGAAGAAAAUGAUGAGGGACAACAACCUGGUGAGGCACCUGGACGCCUGUGAGACCAUGGGCAACGCCACGGCCAUCUGCUCGGACAAGACGGGCACGCUGACCACCAACCGCAUGACGGUGGUGCAGGCAUACGUGGGCGACGUGCACUACAAGGAGAUCCCCGAGCCCGACUCCAUCCCUGCCAAAACCAUGGAGCUGCUGGUCAAUGCCAUUGCUAUCAACAGUGCUUACACCACCAAAAUCCUGCCACCAGAAAAAGAGGGCGGGCUGCCUCGCCAGGUGGGCAAUAAGACAGAGUGUGGCCUCUUGGGGUUUGUGCUGGACCUGAAGCAGGAUUACGAGCCCGUGAGGAGCCUCAUCCCCGAGGAGAAGCUCUACAAAGUUUACACCUUCAACUCGGUCAGGAAAUCCAUGAGCACGGUGAUCAAACUGCCCGACGGCAGCUUCCGCAUGUACAGCAAAGGCGCCUCCGAGAUCGUCCUCAAGAAGUGUUCCAGGAUCCUCAAUGCAGCUGGGGAACCUCGGAUCUUCAGGCCCCGUGACAGGGACGAGAUGGUGAAGAAAGUGAUUGAGCCCAUGGCCUGUGAUGGGCUGAGAACCAUCUGUGUGGCUUUCAGAGACUUCCCCAGCAGCCCCGAGCCCGACUGGGACAACGAGAACGACAUCUUGUCUGACCUGACCUGCAUCUGUGUUGUUGGCAUUGAAGACCCAGUAAGGCCAGAGGUGCCAGAAGCCAUCCGGAAGUGCCAGCGGGCCGGGAUCACCGUGCGUAUGGUCACCGGGGACAACAUCAACACUGCCCGUGCCAUCGCCAUCAAGUGUGGCAUCAUCCACCCGGGAGAGGACUUCCUGUGCCUCGAGGGGAAGGAGUUCAACAGGAGGAUCCGAAAUGAGAAGGGAGAGAUCGAGCAGGAGCGGAUUGACAAAAUCUGGCCAAAGCUCCGGGUGCUUGCUCGCUCUUCCCCCACGGACAAACACACUUUGGUGAAAGGUAUUAUUGACAGCACACAGGUGGAACAGAGGCAGGUGGUAGCUGUGACUGGGGAUGGAACCAACGAUGGACCAGCACUCAAAAAAGCUGAUGUUGGCUUUGCAAUGGGCAUUGCUGGCACGGACGUGGCCAAGGAGGCCUCGGACAUCAUCCUGACAGACGACAACUUCAGCAGCAUCGUCAAGGCCGUCAUGUGGGGCCGCAACGUCUACGACAGCAUCUCCAAAUUCCUGCAGUUCCAGCUCACCGUCAACAUCGUGGCCGUCAUCGUGGCCUUCACCGGCGCCUGCAUCACCCAGGACUCUCCCCUGAAGGCCGUGCAGAUGCUGUGGGUGAACCUGAUCAUGGACACGUUCGCCUCGCUGGCGCUGGCCACGGAGCCGCCGACCGAGGCUCUGCUGCUGCGCAAACCCUACGGGAGGAACAAACCGCUCAUCUCCCGCACCAUGAUGAAGAACAUCCUGGGCCACGCCGUCUACCAGCUCACCCUCAUCUUCACCCUGCUCUUUGUCGGUGAGAAAAUGUUUAAGAUUGACAGUGGGAGGAAUGCCCCGCUUCACUCCCCUCCUUCUGAGCACUACACCAUCAUCUUCAACACCUUUGUCAUGAUGCAGCUCUUCAACGAGAUCAACGCCCGCAAAAUCCACGGCGAGAGGAACGUCUUCGAUGGCAUCUUCAGAAAUCCCAUUUUUUGCACUAUUGUCCUGGGUACAUUUGCUAUUCAGAUAGUAAUUGUCCAGUUUGGAGGAAAGCCAUUCAGCUGCUCUCCCCUGCAGCUGGACCAGUGGAUGUGGUGUGUAUUUAUUGGAUUAGGAGAGCUGGUGUGGGGUCAGGUCAUUGCAACCAUCCCAACAAGUAGGCUAAAGUUUUUAAAGGAGGCAGGGAGGCUCACUGAGAAGGAGGAGGUCCCUGAGGAAGAACUCAAUGAAGAUGUUGAAGAAAUAGAUCAUGCAGAGAGAGAACUCCGACGUGGACAAAUCCUCUGGUUCCGAGGGCUCAACAGAAUCCAAACCCAGAUCGAAGUAGUCAAUACUUUCAAGAGUGGCACUUCCUUUCAGGGGGCUCUCAGGAGACAGUCCUCCGUCACAAGCCAGACCCAGGAUGUAACCAAUAUUUCUAGCCCUAGUCACGUAUCGUUAUCCAAUGCUCUUUCCUCUCCUACCAGCACCUCUGCUGCUGCGGCUGGGCAGGGCUAGAGAACAUUGGACAAAAGGGUUCAGCAGGAGAGAGUGAAAUAAAAAGAGGUUGUGAGUCUUUAACCUUGAGCCUGAAAUGAAUGUGAACCAAACUCCAGAUACUUGGCUUAGAUGAAGCCAGGUAAACAUUCGAGUAUAAGCCCACACACUACCAACCAGAACACAGCUUUGGUGCUACAAGGCUUGGGAGAUUUUGCCUAGAUGCUUGUAUUUAGGACUGACAUUCUCAAUAUCACCUUUUUCUUCUGAUGGGGAAAAAAAUUUGUAGUAUCUGAAAUUCUAUUUCCUUUUUUUUUGUUUUUGUUUUUGUUUUUUUUUUCUUGCCUGAUGCAGUAUAAUAAAUCUGACUUUCAAGGUGGGAUGAAGCUGAAGUUUUUUUCUGUUACAGCUCCAGAGAAGAAAGAAGUGGAAACUUAUAGCAAUGUCAAAAAUGUCCUGAAGUGUUGUCCCCGCAGUCUUUUGUUAAAAGCAGUUCAUUUUUUUCUGUUGUCUCCAUUACUGUGAGAAAAGGGAGCUGUAUCUCACUGUUUGUCUUCCCUUGGCAUUGUCAGUUUCAUAAAGAAACACCAUUACAUGAACUCUACAUAGUUCAUACUAAACCAACACUUCCCAGGCUCUAUCCAUCAUGGAUGUCCCUGCUUUUCCAUGCUUUUACAGCCAUAACAACAUCCCAAGUACAUCUGCUUUAUUUUAUCUUCAAAAACCUGGCUGAGCUUUGUUUCAGCAGAGCCCCAAAACGUUUUUACACCAACUAUUACCUCUUGAAUCUUGAAUUUAAGCAUGUGUUAAAAGAAUUUGUAGCUGUUGGGCCAUGUAACUCAGGGUAAAUAUAAAUAUUUUUAAAUCUGGGAGUUGGAUCAGCUAUAAUAGGUAGAUUAAAUACUGUAGUAUUAUGGUAGAGAAAUUAAAAAGCCACCUUUACAUUCAAAAACCCUCUGCCUUUGCUUCCACUAAGUUUUGUCCCUGCAAGCAAUAAUUUGAUCCAUUGAGGGGACAGACUUUGGAGGUGAUUUUGAAUUUUAUUGUAAUGCAGAAAUUCUGUCACUGAAUGAUGUGUGACAUUAAAAAAAGAAUUAAAGUUUUCUUCUGAUUGCCAAGCUAAACGUGCAACAUUUUAAGUAGAGAAGGGAGUUUCCUCAAAAGCGAAAAAUUAAUGCAAAACUAAUACACAUCUCCAUAGAGAAAUUUUAAGUGAAGAUAGAGUUUCUACAGCUCCCUUGUGAGGAAAACUAUUUAGAAAUCUAAUUUGAUUUAUUGUCAGCUUUAGGGACUUGUCAAGUUUGGCCCUUCCAUUACCAUUGCCUUCAGAAGAUGAACUACCUUAGGUGUCAGCAGAGCUGAAGCAAUUCUAAGCUGACAUUUCCAGAACCAACCAAUGUGAACAGGUGGAAGCCAUUCUAGAAACACCUCAAUGUUCUUGCAAGACCCAAACAGUCCUGGCCAAAAAUGUUGCCACACACCUUCACCCAAAGUGAGAGGCUGCAGUUUUAUUUUCAGAUCAUGAAGCUAAAAAUAAUUAUUGCAGUGCUCCCCUGCAAUGGCUCAUUAAUUAAUUAAUUCCAGAGGCACUGCAGAGCCCCAGAUCCAGGUCGUGGCAGGCACGUUUGCCUGUCAAACACAAAGCUUUCCCUGGAUUGACUAGAGGCUGGGAAUUAAAUCCAAAUGAGGUGCCAAAUGUUGGUAAUAAAGCAAUAUAAAUGUUUCCCUAGGUGGGAUGUGGAGCUCACAAAUUGAGAUCAGUUUCACCCUUGCUAAACCAUGGAAACUUAAAUACAGUUUGUUGGUGAAGAAAAGCUUUCCUUUCUUUGGAUUCUGCUGGAUCUGUUCAGGAUAAUAUCAAACUCUUUUGUUUAUGUAAAAAUUUACCUUUGCUAUAAAGAAUCCAGCUGGUAAAUAGAACUGAAGCCUAUGCUAUAAGAAGUGGCUGUUUCCAAGCUAAUGAAAUUAUCGUGUUAAUUGAUAAGCUGUAGCAUCCAGCUGCAGCUGAGGAGGUGACUGGAAUUUGUGCUUAAAAAGCAGAAAUAAUGUGGAGGUUUGCAGAAAUGUCACCUCAUCAGCCCAUACUCUAAAGUACCCCCAGUGCAAAAAGUUUCCUGAUUUAAAAUAGGGCAGUAUGGGAACGUGGUUUUAAGGCUGCCUCAACAAUCAUACAGUUUUUUUCAUCAUUUAGACUAAUUACUCUGCACUUUAAAAGACAAGCGUGGAGGGCAUAGGUAGAGAAGGAAUUUGUUACCUUUUUUGUCUUUAGCAAUGCAGAGGAAUCUCUUACCCCCCUCUCUUGACUCUACAGAGCCCUCACACAGCUCAGAUUCAGCUCUCAUAAACCCCUGGUUUUUAUUUCCAGGAGCUCUCUUAGGUACACUGUGUGAUUGCAGUGGGUGAAACCGAUUCGAAAUUGAUUUGUGGAUUUUAUUGUGCAAGACAAUCUCUCUCUUGCACCUCUGCCAACCUAAAAUGUUCUCGCAGCCCAGGGUCUGGCUGAGCUAUUCUGUACCACUCCAAUCCUCUUACCUGGAGCAUGAGCAGUCACAUGAACUACUUUUUGUACUGUGCCCUGCUGUUACCAAAUGUAUCUGUGAAGGGAAGGGAGAGAAUUUGGGCUGACCAAAGGAUCUGAACGUGGCAGGACUUCAGCUGAUGAUGAAUAUCCAAAUUCAGAGAGCAUAAACUGAGUUCAAAG